UCUACUUGCGCUAACAGAUCCAGAGUAGACCCUUCUCGCCAUGCUGACCCAAGCGCUGCCCCUGUCGUGGGGCGCCAAGGAGCUGCUGCAGCAGGAUCCAUGGCAGUUCCUCAAGGUUCCCGACAAGAUGCGAAUCGAGCAGCAGACGAUCCCUUUCGACGGAAAGACGAUGAUCUGGGUUCCAGACGGGAAGGAGGGCUACGUUAUCGGCGAGAUCAAAGAGACGUCGGGAGACAUGGUCACUGUCGUUGCGAGAGGCGAGGAGAAGACACUGAAAGAAGACCACGUCCAGCAGGUGAAUCCGCCAAAGUUUGAGAAAACAGAAGACAUGGCCAGCUUGACCUACCUUAACGACGCCUCGGUGUUGCACAACCUCCGGCAGAGAUACCGCGCCUGGAUGAUCUACACCUACUCUGGACUUUUCUGCGUCGUGAUCAAUCCCUACAAGAGACUGCCGAUCUACACCGACCAGGUCGUACAGGAAUACCGUGGCAAGCGCCGUACAGAGAUGCCGCCACAUCUGUUCUCCGUCGCAGACAACGCCUACGCGGCGAUGCUGGCGAAUCGGGAAGAUCAGUCUAUGCUAAUCACCGGUGAAUCUGGCGCUGGUAAGACUGAGAACACGAAGAAAGUAAUUUCCUACUUCGCCCUAGUAGCCGCCUCUGGCCAGAAGAAGGAGAAGGCGGUGAGUCUGGAGGACCAGAUCGUGCAGGCUAACCCCGUGCUUGAGAGUUUCGGAAACGCAAAGACCGUCAGAAACGACAACUCUUCUCGUUUCGGUAAAUUCAUUCGUAUCCACUUCGGUCCAUCGGGAAAGCUUGCUGGAGCCGACAUUGAAUCCUACCUGCUGGAGAAGUCACGUGUGGUGUCUCAGGCUCCAUUAGAGCGCAGCUACCAUAUUUUCUAUCAGCAGAUGUCCGGUGGAAUCCCGGCUAUGAAAGAAAAGUGUCUGUUGACGGAUGCGAUUGAGACUUACUACUUCAUCGCCCAGGGCAAGACCUAUAUCGACGGUGUGGAUGAUGGCGAAGAGAUGAAAGCAACGGACGAAGCCUUCGACAUUCUCGGCUUCAACGACAAAGAGAAAUGGGACAUCUACAACAUUGUCGCCGCUGUCAUGCACAUGGGAGUCAUGCAGUUCAAGCAGAGGCCCAGAGAGGAGCAGGCUGAGGCCGACGGCACCGAGUCGGGAGCGAAGGUCGCCCACGUGCUCGGUGUCUCCGAUGCAGACUUCUACAAGGGUCUGCUGAAGCCUCGGGUCAAGGUCGGCUCGGAGUACGUCACCAAGGGUCAGAACAAGGAGCAAUGCUUCUCGGCGGUGUCCGGCUUGGCGAAGGCCAUUUACGACCGCAUGUUCCGCUCCCUCGUAGACAAGGUCAACGACACGCUGGCGACCAAAACCAAGAAGCAGUUCUUCAUCGGCGUGCUGGAUAUCGCCGGCUUCGAGAUCUUCGACUUCAACGGCUUCGAGCAGAUCUGCAUCAACUUCACCAACGAGAAGCUGCAGCAGUUCUUCAACCAUCACAUGUUCGUGUUGGAGCAGGAAGAGUACAAGCGCGAGGGCAUCGAAUGGACCUUCAUUGAUUUCGGGUUGGAUCUGCAGGCCUGCAUCGACAUGAUUGAGAGACCGAUGGGCGUGUUCGCCAUUCUCGAAGAGGAAUCCAUGUUCCCGAAGGCAACCGACAAGACCUUCCUCGAGAAAAUGCAAGUGAACCAUCUAGGAAAGUCCAAGAGCUUCGUCAAGCCCAAGCCGGCGAAGGCGGGGCAGGCCGAGGCUCACUUCGGCGUUAUCCAUUACGCGGGUACCGUCAACUACAACGUCAACCACUGGCUGGACAAGAACAAGGAUCCCAUCAACGACACUGUAGCUGUCACGUUCGCCAAGUCGCACGGCAAUACGCUGCUAGCUAAGCUGUUCGCCGACAAACUGGUGGCGGACGAGGACACCGGUGGCAAGGGAAAGAGGAAGAAGGGAUCAGCCUUCCAGACCGUGUCUGCUCUCUACAGAGAGCAACUGAACAAGCUGAUGUCUACAUUGAUGAACACUCAACCUCAUUUCGUGCGCUGCAUCAUCCCUAACGAGAACAAGGAAGGUGGCGCCAUCGACGCCGCUUUGGUCAUGAACCAGCUGACGUGCAACGGUGUACUGGAAGGAAUCCGCAUCUGCCGCAAGGGCUUCCCAAACAGGCUGGUGUACGGCGACUUCAAGCAGAGGUAUUCCAUCUUGGCUCCGAACGCCGUGCCCGUGGGCUUUGCCGACAGCAAGGACAUCGCGAGUGCGAUCCUCUCCGCGCUCGAGUGGGAUCCCGAGCAGUACAAGCUCGGCCACACGAAGAUCUUCUUCAAGGCCGGCUCGCUGGGCAAGUUGGAGGAGAUGCGCGACGACCGCAUCACGCGCAUCAUGACGCUGGCGCAGGCGUGGAUCCGCGGCAAGCAGACGCGUGCGCUUUACGAGGUGAUGAAGGCGCAGCGCCUCGCGAUGAUGGUCAUCCAGCGCAACGUGCGCAAGUACAUCCAGUGUCGCAACUGGCCCUGGUGGAGGCUCUACACGAAGGUGAAGCCGCUGCUGUCGAUCGCGCGCCAGGAGGACGAGAUGAACGAGAUGAAGGAGGAGAUCGGCAAGCUGAAGGAGGAGCUGGAGAAGGAGAGCAAGCGGCGCAAGGAGGGCGACGACAACAUCGCCAAGCUGGCGAAGGAGAAGGGCGACCUGUACGCGCAGAUGCAGAGCGAGUCGGAGACGAUCGCCGAUAUCGAGGAGCGAGCGACGAAGCUGAUGCAGCAGAAGCACGAUAUGGAGCAGCAGCUGACGGAGAUGCGAGACCGACUCUCCGAAGAGGAGGAGAGCGCGUCGACGCUUAGCGACUCCAAGAGGAAGGCAGAGAGCGACGCCUCCGACAUGAGGUCGCAGAUCGAGGAACUGGAGCGCAGCCUGAAGAAGGUGGAGAGCGAGAAGACGGCGAAGGAGCACCAGAUCAAGCAGUUGAGCGACGAGAUAGCCCGCCAAGAAGAACUGCUCGCCAAAGUGAACAAGGAGAAGAAGAACAUGGAGGAACAUCAGUCUCGCACGACCGACGACCUGCAGAAGGAAGAAGACAAGGUCAACCACAUCAACAAGGUCAAGGCCAAACUGGAGCAGACGCUUGACGAGCUAGAGGACAACCUGGAGCGCGAGAAGAAGGUGCGCGGCGACGUCGAGAAGGCGCGCCGCAAGGUCGAGGGCGACCUGAAGAUGACGCAGGAGGCUGUCGAGGAGCUGGAGAUGUCGAAGCGUGGACUCGAGGAGAACCUGCGCCGCAAGGAGAAGGAGCUCGCCAGCAUCGGCAGUAAGUGCGAGGACGAGCAGGGCAUCGCCCACCAGCUGCAGAAGAAGAUCAAGGAGCUGCAGGCGCGCGUGGAGGAGGUCGAGGAGGAGACGGAGGCGGAGAGGCAGGCGCGCUCCAAGGUCGAGAAGCAGCGCGCCGAACUCGCUCGCGAGCUCGAGGAGCUCACAGAGAGGCUCGAGGAGGCAGGUGGCGCCACCAGCGCGCAGGUCGAGCUGAACCGGAAGCGCGAGGCGGAACUGGCGAAGCUGCGUCGUGAUCUUGAGGAGCAGAGUCUGCAGCACGAGGCGACCGUCUCGUCGCUGCGCAAGAAGCAGAACGACGUCGUCUGCGAGAUGGCGGAGCAGAUCGACCAGCUGCAGAAGGUCAAGACCAAGAUCGAGAAGGAGAAAGCGCAGCUGAAGGUCGAGCUCGACGACAUGAAGGGCAGCAUGGACCACCUGGGCAAGAGCAAGUCGCAGACGGACAAGCUCACCAAGGCGCUCGAGUCGCAGCUGAGCGAAGCCAACUCCAAGCUGGACGAGUCAUCGCGCAUCAUUAACGAAAUGAACGCGCAGAAGAGCCGCAUGGCGAGCGAGACGAACGACCUGCAGCAUCAGCUCGAGGAGGCCGAGGCGCAGGUGAACCAGCUGGCGCGCGCCAAGUCGCAGAUGCAGGCGCAACUCGAGGAGGUGCGAGCCACCGCCGACGAGGAGGGUAGAGCCAGGUCGGGUCUGCAGUCGCAGCUAAGGAACGUGCAGCACGAUGCCGAGCAGAUGCGCGAACAGCUCGAGGAGGAGGCGGACGGCAAGAGCCAACUGCAGAGGCAGCUGUCGAAGGUCAACAACGACUUCAACACUCUGCGUGCGCGCGUGGAGAGCGAAGGUCUCGGAGGAGGUGGGCCAGAAGUCGAGGAUGUCAAACGCAAGUUCCAGGUGAGAGUUCAAUCGCUGGAGGAUGCGCUGGAGGCCGCGAACGCAAAGAUCGCGCAGCUCGACAAGAACAAGCAUCGCCUCUCCAACGAACUCGACGACAUGUCCGUCGAGGUGGAGCGUGCGACGGCUGCCGCCAACGCGCUCGAGAAACGCCAGCGUAACUUCGACAAGACGCUCUCCGAGUGUAAGCAGAAGAGCGACGACCUCGCCGCCGAGCUGGAGGCGUCGCAGCGCGAGUGUCGCGGCGCGUCGACAGAGCUAUUCAAGGCUCGCGCCAGUCAGGAGGAGUCAGCCGACGCCGUCGAGAUGCUGCGACGCGAGAACCGCAACCUUGCCGACGAAAUCAAGGAUCUCGGCGAACAGCUGGGCGAGGGAGGCAAGAGCAUCCACGAGGUCGACAAGGCGCGCAGGAGGCUCGAGCAGGAGAAGGAAGAGCUGCAGUCGGCGCUCGAGGAAGCCGAGGCGGCGCUCGAGCAGGAGGAGUCGAAGGUGGUGCGCUCGCAGCUGGAGCUGCAGCAGAUCCGCCAAGAGGUCGACCGCCGCCUCGCCGAGAAGGACGACGAGUUCGAGACGACGCGCCGCAACCACCAGCGCGCCGUCGACUCGAUGCAGGCGAGCCUCGAGGCGGAGUCGAAGGGUCGCGCCGAGGCGAUGAAGAUGAAGAAGAAGCUGGAGACGGACAUCAACCAGUUGGAGAUCGCGCUCGACGGCGCCAACCGGCAGAACGCCGACGCGCAGAAGAACGCCAAGCGGCUGCAGGCGCAGAUGGUCGACCUGACGGCGCAGAUCGAGGACGAGCAGCGCGUGCGCGAGGAGAUCCGCGAGCAGCUAGGAGCCAGCGAGCGCCGCUGCAACGCCGUCGCCGCAGAGCUGGAGGAGACGCGCGCGUCGCUCGAGCAGGCGGAGCGCAACCGCCGCGCCGCCGACGCCGAGCUGAACGAGGCGAACGACCGCGCCGGGGACCUGCAGUCGCAGCUCGGCUCCGUCAACGCAGCGAAGAGGAAGCUCGAGGGAGACGUGACGACGAUGCAAGCCGACCUCGACGAGACGGUCAGCGAGCUGCGCGUCGCCGACGAGAAGGCGAGAGGCGCCGUCGCCGACGCAGCGCGCCUCGCCGAGGAGCUGCGCCAGGAGCAGGAGCACGCGAUCCACGUCAUCAAGGCGCACAAGGCCAUCGAGGGACAACUGAAGGACCUACAGGUGCGUCUGGACGAGGCCGAGGCAAACGUGCUGAAGGGAGGCAAGAAGCUGAUCUCUAAGCUAGAGCAGCGCGUGCGCGAGCUGGAGAGCGAGCUGGAUGCUGAGCAGCGUCGGCACAGCGAGGCGCAGAAGAACUACCGUAAGGUCGACCGACGCGUGAAGGAGCUGAUGAUGCAGGCUGAGGACGACAGGAAGAAUCACUCGCACUUCGAGGACAUGAUGGAGCGACUCAACGGCAAGAUCAAGCUCUACAAGCGGCAGAUCGACGAGGCCGAGGAGGUGGCCAACAUGAACCUCGCCAAGUACCGCAAGGCGCAGGCCGAGUUGGAAGAGGCUGAGGCGCGGGCGGAGGAUGCGGAGAGCGCCGUGGUCAAGCUUCGCGCUGUCACCCGCUCAUCAGGCAUCGCCGUACGCAGCGUUUCGGGUGGUCAUAUGCGUGCGGCUAUGCGUCGUCCGAGAAUGGAUAUGGAUGAAGAGUAAUAAGCCGCUGUAACGACAUUGCCUUCGCUAUAGCAGCUACAUGGCUUUCAACCGCGGAUCCCCAUAACUGCCCUAAUUGAUUAUUAGUGCCGACUGACUUUGAUUGGGUGAAUAUUGGAGAGGGUCCUUAUCUGGCGUAUGAUCAAAUCUUUGCUGUAGACAAAUAGGCUGCGUGGCUCAAUAUCAAUUCAAAGGCGUAAUUAAGUUAAUUUAGUGCUUCAUAAUGCCGCUAGAGGGCGAUAAUAGUCCACGAUCUCCUUCAGAUUAGUUGAUUGGCAGUGAUCGGAAGCGCUUCAUUGUUACUCCUUCUAAACCGCAGCUUGCGCCCAGCCUAUGUGAAACGUUCUGCAACUCUUACCGUUGAAUAGACAAUCCUUGUAGACAAAUU